CUGAGCGUUAUAGGUUUCGGGCUGAUCGGAUGGCUGGCGCCGUUGAGCGUUCCGGCGAUCGACGGCAAGAGCUUGACGGGCCUCUUCUUCGACAGCAUUGGGACUGAGCUGGCCCACUUCCCUGCUCCUCCCCCCGUCAUUUCUCAGUUCAGGAUUGUUCUUCUGCCUCACGUUUGGGCAAAUUGGAUUGAAGGGAAGGACUGA